AUGGCCGUGAUGGGCUCCUCUCGUGCGAAGGAGCUGAAGGUUUGCUUCUUUCUCUUUCUUCUGGCGGGUAAAGAAGUCUACGUGGUGAAUGCAGAGCGCACGGCUGUCGAUGUGUUCACGGAAGUGGCUGACUUGCAAAAGGCCGCUGCAAGUAUCAAGGAGAUCAAUCGCCACGGAGCAGAACCAUUGUGUGACGGGGUACUCUAUGGUUGCAUCAAUCCCAGAAUUUGUACGGGUUCUGGCAAGGUUUCUGAACCAUGUGCUGUGAAGGCUGACGCUGACUUGGCGACCGGCUACGCAGCAGACGUGGAUGCUUUGUCCGCGAAGAUUGACUCCUACGAAAAGAGCCAAUCCCUCGCUGAGUUGAGUAUCAUCGCAUAUGAGUUGAAAGACAUGGAGCAGUAUGAUAAAGUUCUGGUUGAAAACAAAGGCGGCUCUGUCCUCAAAAGCAAGAUCACUGAAUUGGCAGACAAAGUGGACCACUACAUGGGAACGCUCGCUGCUGCGAUGCCAAAGGACAGCUUCUGCUCCAUGGUGGAUCUUGUAAAUGGUUUGAAUGAGGCCAAGUCCAGAGGACCAGGGGCCACGGGUUCAUCUGAUGAUUCCAAAGCUUUCCUGAAGAAGGUCUUUCCAGGCAUCACAGACGAGGAUGUGAGCACGAUCAUGACUCGAGCAGAGGAGGAGGCUCAGGAGGUGCUCGACUGCGACGAGUCAACACCGGAAUGCAGAGAACAUCGCUUGAGGAAGCAGGACGACAAAUUCUUGAAGCAAGUCGACAGCGUUGCAGAAAACCUUGCAGAGAGCGAGGCCUCUUUUGUCCAGUUGGUCACGAAGUUCGGCACAAAAAUGCCCCAUGACCAUCUUUCUGAGUUGACUGAGAUGCAGAGGCGCGAAAACACCUGGGCCGCCCUGCAGCUCAUGGACAACGAAACGGCAUGGGAGGAGCUGAAGCAAGCGGCACGUCGACAUGACGCAUCAUCAGCGCUUCAGAACGGAGCAGCACUGUCAAAGCAAGAAUCCUUUGAAGCACAGUUGGAAGCGGGUAGCAACCCCGUCGUCAUCGGCAUCAUUGUCAUCGUCGUUGCGAUCCUUGCCUUGAUUUUCCUCACAGCCGCGGUCCUCAUCCCCAUCCUCUUGGUUUUUCUUGGCCUUGUGACGGUUGGCAUUGUCAAGCGUCGACGCUAG